GGUUGUCCUGAGUAUAGAUAGGGGGGAAGUUCAUCUGUGCUGGGAAUCACGAGGUCUCCUUUAUUUAGAACACUAAGAGAAACAUGUGUUAGUCAAGUAAGGGCAGGGAAAGUUCCAAACACCUACCCUGAAAACACUCCUGCCACUGCACAUGUGCUGGACAUGUGUUGUCGUUUGUCUCAAAGACAGAACAUCAGCUGUUAGGACAGGACAACAUAUCUAAACCCUUUUUGCCAGUGAGUGUUUGGGACAUAUAGGGGACACAGUCUGUGUUGUUUCAGUGUGGAUCCAGUCAACGAAUGUCAAGCUAAGACAUAGCUGCACAAGCUAUACGAAAAGAAGUUGUUAUGGAUUCACGCCUGUCCAAACAGAUCCAAUGCUCUGUGUGCUUGGGUGACUUUACAGAUCCAGUGAGCUUGCUGUGUGACCACACGUUCUGCAGACAGUGUAUCAGCAGUCACUCCCACAGCACCCGCCUUAGACUGUGCCCAGAAUGCCGCCGGCCCUACACCAUGUGGGACCUCCGAUCCAACCGGGUCCUGCGGAAUAUGGUGGAUGCAGUAAGGGAGCACUUGACCGAGCAACAAGCCCUGAAGGACACGAGUGCUUCUGGAGCAGACAGUGGAAGAGCCAUGAGAGUGUUCGAGGAACCAGAGAAGCUGGUCUGCUUUGAUCAUAAUGAAAGGCUCAAGCUGUUCUGCGAGACAGAUAAGAAACUGGUGUGUCUCAUCUGUAGGGAUUGUGAGAAACAUCAGGGACAUAUGUUCAAACCUGUGGAGGAGGCAGCAGAGCCCAGAAAGAAUUUGUUGUUAGAACCUCUGAGUUUCCUGUCAAAGGAGAAUGAAGACCUGGAGGCUCUUAUCAAGAAACAGACUAAUGAGAUUUCUAAAACUGAGGAGAGGUCUAGACAGCUCUCUGCUCAGAUCUCUGCUCAGUUUGUGGAGAUGCACCAAUUCUUAAGCAAAAAGGAGGAGGAAGUGAAGAAAAUGUUGGAGAAAGAAGAGAAGGAUAUGGUGGAAAGAAUGAAGAGAAACAGAACAGAAAUAGAGGAGAAGCUGAACGAUGAAAGAGAGAAGGAAGGAAUUCUACAUUCAGUUUUUGAGACUGAUCAACCAGACGGGUUUCUGCAGUGGUGGACUGAUAAAGGGCUGGAAUUUCUCGAGGAGAUGAAAGACAAUGAAAGCUGCAGAGAAAAUAAUGAAAAUGCUUCUCAAACAAUACAGUUCAAAUCGAAGGUUAAAGAUUUGAAUGUCACUCCUAAUUCUCUGUUCCUUGGCCUUCAUGAGACUCACUUGCAGUUUGUUGUGUGGAAAGAGAUGCUGGGCUUGAUCAAACCAGUCCCUGAUCGUAAUGUUAUAUAUGACUGUCACGACCCAUACCUAAGGGUCUCCUCUGAUGGACGCAGUGUCAUUCGCACAUCCAAAAAGGGUAUUUUUCUGCACCAAAAACUCUACAGGCCUCUGGCCAGGACCCACAAGACCUUCCAGUCAGGACAACACUAUUGGGAGGUGGAUGUAGGAGCAAAGGUAGACUGGAGCGUGGGCUUUGAUGGUGGGUGUAUCAGCAACUUAAACAAGGACAUUGGACUGCACCUUAAGCAUGACCAAGGCUACUACAUCAAAGAGUAUGAAACAGUGAAAGAAAUAGAUCUGAUGGUGAAACCCAGAAGGAUUGGGCUAUACCUGGACUGCGACAGGUGUCAAGUGUGCUUCUAUAAUGCAGAUGACAUGACUCUAUUGCACACCACCACAUACACUUCCUCCAUACCGUACACUCUUAGUCUCUCUCCAGGUGCUUAUCUGGCAGAGAAGAAUGCUGAUCCACUAACAGUAUGCUGGAAUUGAUCAGUCUGAAGGAUUAAGCACUUGUUUAAAGGAAUAUUCCUGGUUUGAUACAAGUUAAGCUUAAUCAGCAGCAUUUGUGGCACAAUAUUGAUUACCACAAAGAGUUUUUUUUUAUAUUGACCAUCCGUCCGUCCAUUUUUUUUUUUUUUUUUAAACCAAAAAUGUGUGUUACAGUGAGGCACUUACAAUAGAAUUCAAUGGUGCCAAUCCGUAAACAUUAAAAUACUCAUUGUUUCAAAAAGUAUAGACACAGGAUGUAAACAAUAUGUGUGUUGAUGAUUUUAGUGUGAUAAAAUUGCUUACUAACCUUUACUGUGUAAAGUUAUAGUCAAUUUUACAACUACAUUGCCAUGACAAUUUAAUGACAACAAACCCUAAAGUGACUAAAAAUUACAAUUUAAUCAACUUUAAUAAUACAUGAGUUUUAACAGAAGAAUUAAUGAAGUGCUUUUAUAAAAUUAUAAACUUCACAUUUCACAUUGGCCCCAUUCACUUCCAUUGUAUGUGCCUCGGGGCUGCUGUGGCUCAGGUGGUAGAGCGGGUUGUCCACUAAAUGCAGGGUUGGUGUGAUUCCCGGCCCACAUGACUCCACAUGCCGAAGUGUCCUUGGGCACGACACUGAACCCCAAGUUGCUCCCAAUGGCAGGCUAGCGCCUUGCAUGUCAGAUCUGCCGUGUGAAUGGGUGAAUGAGAUGCAGUGUAAAGUGCUUUGAAAACCACUAAGGUUAAAAAGGUGCUAUCUUAGUGCAGACCUCACUGUAACCUUGAUUUUUCCUUUUUUUAACAAAAAGUAAAAAAUUAGUCGAAAUUAUUUUUGUGGAAAUGAAUGUUAUCCCAGAAUAUUACUUUAAAAAGUAAAGCCUAAAAACAAAGAGUAACUGAUUCAUUCAUAGUAAAUUAAAAACAUAUAUAUACCUAUCUUCUGGUUUCCUUGAAAGGGAAUAAAAUUAUGCAAGAUAAGUCUCCAUUAAUCACUUUUUAGUUUAUUUUUCUCAACACUUGUGAUGAACACUCAUGGCUGAUUACUAACUAACAAAUAUAAUUUCUGUAUAAAGGACAACAGGAAAGACCUUCCCAUUAGACAACACAUUAGGUCACUUGUGUAUUUUAGUGUGCUGUUAUUAUACAAACAUAUAUACACUCACCUAAAGGAUUAUUAGGAACACCAUACUAAUACUGUGUUUGACCCCCUUUCGCCUUCAGAACUGCCUUAAUUCUACGUGGCAUUGAUUCAACAAGGUGCUGAAAGCAUUCUUUAGAAAUGUUGGCCCAUAUUGAUAGGAUAGCAUCUUGCAGUUGAUGGAGAUUUGUGGGAUGCACAUCCACGGCACGAAGCUCCUGUUCCACCACAUCCCAAAGAUGCUCUAUUGGGUUGAGAUCUGGUGACUGUGGAUGCCAUUUUAGUACAGUGAACUCAUUGUCAUGUUCCAAAAAACCAAUUUGAAAUGAUUCGAGCUUUGUGACAUGGUGCAUUAUCCUGCUGGAAGUAGCCAUCAGAGGAUGGGUACAUGGUGGCCAUAAAGGGAUGGACAUGGUCAGAAACAAUGCUCAGGUAGGCCGUGGCAUUUAAACGAUGCCCAAUUGGCACUAAGGGGCCUAAAGUGUGCCAAGAAAACAUCCCCCAGACCAUUACACCACCACCAGCAGCCUGCACAGUGGUAACAAGGCAUGAUGGAUCCAUGUUCUCAUUCUGUUUACGCCAAAUUCUGACUCUACCAUCUGAAUGUCUCAACAGAAAUCGAGACUCAUCAGACCAGGCAACAUUUUUCCAGUCUUCAACUGUCCAAUUUUGGUGAGCUCUUGCAAAUUGUAGCCUCUUUUUCCUAUUUGUAGUGGAGAUGAGUGGUACCCGGUGAGGUCUUCUGCUGUUGUAGCCCAUCCGCCUCAAGGUUGUGGGUGUUGUGGCUUCACAAAUGCUUUGCUGCAUACCUCGGUUGUAAUGAGUGGUUAUUUCAGGCAAAGUUGCUCUUCUAUCAGCUUGAAUCAGUCGGCCCAUUCUCCUCUGACCUCUAGCAUCAACAAGGCAUUUUCGCCCACAGGACUGCCGCAUACUGGAUGUUUUUCCCUUUUCACACCAUUCUUUGUAAACCCUAGAAAUGGUUGUGCGUGAAAAUCCCAGUAACUGAGCAGAUUGUGAAAUACUCAGACCGGCCCGUCUGGCACCAACAACCAUGCCACGCUCAAAAUUGCUUAAAUCACCUUUCUUUCCCAUUCUGACAUUCAGUUUGGAUUUCAGGAGAUUGUCUUGACCAGGACCACACCCUUAAAUGCACUGAAGCAACUGCCAUGUGAUUGGUUGAUUAGAUAAUUGCAUUAAUGAGAAAUUGAACAGGUGUUCCUAAUAAUCCUUUAGGUGAGUGUGUAUAUAUAUAUAUAUAUAUAUAUAUAUAUAUAUAUAUAUAUAUAUAUAUAUAUAUAUAUAUAUAUAUACACUCACCUAGAACUUUAUUAGGAACAUGUGGCAGCAAUGCACUGCAUAAAAUCAUGCAAAUAUGGGUCAGGAGCUUCAGUUAAUGUUCACAUCAACCAUCACAAUAGGGAAAAUUGGUGGCAUGAUUGUUGGUGCCAGACAGGCUGGUUUGACUGGUAUAACUGCUGAUCUCCUUGGAUUUUCAUGCACAACAGACACUAUAGUCUCUAGAGUUUACUCAGAAUGGUGCCAAAAACAAAAAACAUACAGUCAGCGGCAGUUCUGUGGACAGAAACACAUUGUUGAUGAAAAAGGUCAGUGGAGAAUGGCCAGACAGGUUUGAGCUGACAGAAAGGCUACAGUAACUCAGAUAACCACUCUGUACAUUUGUAGUGUGCAGAAUAGCAUCUGAGAAUGCAAACACAUCGAACCUUGAGGCGAAUGGGCUACGACAGCAGAAGACCAUAUUGGGAACUAUUUUUAGGACCAUACUGUUCCUAAUAAAGUUCUAGGUGAGUGUGUAUAUAUAUAUAUAUAUAUAUAUAUAUAUAUAUAUAUAUAUAUAUAUAUAUAACUAUGCAUAGUGAAUUUGAGUUUGAGGUUAGCAUUAUAUUUAAUAAGUCAGUAUUUUCUAAGACAAAUGAGAGCAGUGAUAACUUGUAAUUGCAAAAAGACAGCAACAUAUUUAGUGACAAUUAGUUUAUUUUCCAAAAAUAUGUAUGCUUGUGAUUGCUUUCCAAUAAAAUAAAAU